GGGAGGUGGAGAGCGGGAAGAGGCUGUGUGUGGUGCCCGGGGGGAAGAAGGGCACCGAGGAGCGGCACAUGGGGCACGCGUCCCACGUCCUCUGCAUGGCCAUCUCGUCAGACGGCAAGUACCUGGCUACGGGAGACAGGAACAAGCUGAUCAUGACCUGGGACGCAGCCACGUGCAAGCGCCUGCACAUCUUCACCGGGCACCGCGACGCCGUCUCGGCCCUGUCCUUCCGGAAGGGCACGCACCAGCUGUACAGUGCGUCUCACGACCGCUGCGUCAAGGUCUGGAACGUGGCGGAGAACGCAUACGUGGAGACCCUGUACGGGCACCAGGACGUCAUCACGGGGCUGGACAGCCUGAGCCGGGAGUGCUGUGUGACGGCGGGGGGACGGGAUGGCACCGUGCGGCUCUGGAAGAUCCCCGAGGAGUCACAGCUGGUGUUUUGUGGGCACAGGGGCUCCAUCGACUGUAUCCAGCUCAUCAACGAGGAGCACAUGGUGUCGGGUGCCGAUGAUGGCUCCGUAGCCCUGUGGGGGCUGACCAAGAAGAAGCCCUCUGCCCUCUGCGAGGGUCUGCCCCCUUCCCUCAGCUUUGGUCGGACCUGA